GCCAAGGCCACCAAGCUUUCAUCAGCGUAGGAGAAGUACAUGAUAACGAGAGAGCAACGGGCGAAGGAUACAGAGCGGCAGAUACAGAGGGAUCCGCGCACCAUUGGCCAAGAUGCAAGUGUGUAGGAGAUUGCUGCUCUCUGGCUUACGAAGAGGACUUCCAAGGACAAACGCACCGCCGCCACAUUAUGGCGUGGGCGUUCGAACGAUUACGUCUGACCUGGCAGAAAUGGACGACGAGGAGAACGUUCCCAAGCCAGUUAUCCGAGAUGUCUACAAGAUGAACGAAAGCACUGUUUGCGUCACAUUCACUGACAACACCAAGUGGAACUUCAACAGCUUAUGGCUGCGGGAUAGCUGCACUUGUCCGUCGUGCGUUCAUCCCGUGACGCAACAGAAGAUGGUGAGCAGCGUUAAGAUCGACCCCAACAUCCAGCCCAUCUCCUGGAAUGUGGAGGACGGAGAAAAAUUGGAAGUUGUCUGGCCACAGAGCGGCAAAUUACCUCCACAUUCGAGCACUUACAGCUGUGACUGGUUGUACAACUUUGGCAAAAUCCUCGAAGCCAAAGCCGGAGAGGGAGAGGAGGUACCAGACGCCUUUUACACAAAUACAAAGUCAUCAACAAUCCUGUGGCACAAGGAGGAAAUAGAUGAAAACCCACCCGAGUUGGACUUCGAGACAUUCAUGAACGAUCGUGCCGGGCUAAAGCAGAUGGUCAAGAACGUUGUGAAGUAUGGCAUAUCUGUUUUGCAUGGAGUUCCAGCCCACGAAGAAGAGUUACAGAAGGUUGCCAACAGAAUGGGCUACAUCCGGGAAACAGGACUUGGCCGUAUCUUCGAUGCUACGUGCAAGCCAGAUGCGCACAGAGGAUCACGUUUCAUGCAGCAUACUGAACUGCCAGACAGAGAUAGUGCACCAGGUGUAAAGCUUCUCCUGUGCCUGUCAGCCAACGUGCCAAAACCAACUCUUGAAGGAACACCAGACCGUGGCAAGACUUUCUUUGUUGACGGAUUCUAUGUCGCUCAGUGGAUGAAGUACAACCACCCAGAGUAUUUUAGGCUUCUCGUCACAACACCUGUCACUUUCUCGUACUACGACUCCCGCCGCAAGGUUUGGCUUCGUGAUACCUUCCCAAUCAUUCGCACCAACAGAUACGGGAAGGUUACCAAGAUUCAUUACAGCACGUUCUCCAUGCGUCCACCACUGCUGUCACCGAGCGAGGCAACCAAGUUUUACGAGGCAUAUGGAAUGUUUACAAAGCGAAUGGAACAGGAAUCCUCCCAAUACUCGUUCUACAUGGCACCGGGUGAUCUUGUGGCUUUCAACAAUAGGAGGAUCCUCCACGGAAUGAAGGAGCAAGACCCAAACCAACCGGACAUAAUUCUAAGGGGCUGCUACAUGGAUAUGGACGAGAUCUCGUCGUUGUUCGAGAAAAUGCGACGAGAUGACGACUUUUAAGGUGAAUUUACGCUUGUGCGUCCACGUCUUUCCAACUCACUGAUGAGCGGCCACCUAUUCUGUACAUAGAAGCAUGAUGUAUAUUUACGAUCUUGUAUCGGUAAAUUUUUAUGGGUUUAUAAAAACGUUCUUAAGAAUA